GCCGCGCCGCGCCGCUUUCCGUGGGGCUAGCACUGACGUGUCUCUCAGUGGAGGGUGCGUGCUCCGACGCGGGCUGGGUCGCGGGCAGCAUCGCCUCACUGGGAGCGGAGCGGAGUUGAAGCGGGACCUGGAGCCCAAGCAACCGCCGCCAUGGCGAUCAAAUUUCUGGAAGUCAUCAAGCCCUUCUGUGUCAUCCUCCCGGAAAUUCAGAAGCCAGAGAGGAAGAUUCAGUUUAAGGAGAAAGUGCUAUGGACAGCUAUCACCCUUUUUAUCUUCUUAGUAUGCUGCCAGAUCCCCCUUUUUGGUAUCAUGUCUUCAGACUCAGCUGACCCUUUCUAUUGGAUGAGAGUGAUUCUAGCCUCGAACAGAGGCACACUGAUGGAGCUGGGUAUCUCUCCGAUUGUCACCUCCGGCCUUAUCAUGCAGCUCUUGGCUGGCGCAAAAAUAAUCGAAGUUGGUGAUACCCCAAAAGACCGUGCUCUCUUCAACGGAGCCCAGAAGUUAUUUGGCAUGAUCAUUACCAUUGGCCAGUCUAUAGUGUAUGUGAUGACCGGAAUGUAUGGGGAUCCUUCCGAAAUGGGUGCCGGAAUCUGCCUACUGAUCACCAUCCAGCUCUUUGUUGCUGGAUUAAUUGUCCUGCUUUUGGAUGAACUCCUGCAAAAAGGGUACGGGCUGGGCUCUGGAAUUUCCCUCUUCAUUGCGACGAACAUCUGCGAGACCAUCGUGUGGAAGGCGUUCAGCCCCACCACCGUCAACACGGGCCGAGGCAUGGAAUUUGAAGGUGCCAUCAUUGCACUGUUCCAUCUGCUGGCCACACGCACGGACAAGGUCCGAGCCCUGCGUGAGGCCUUCUACCGCCAGAAUCUCCCCAACCUCAUGAAUCUCAUCGCUACCAUCUUCGUCUUUGCAGUCGUCAUCUACUUUCAGGGCUUCCGGGUGGACCUGCCAAUCAAAUCAGCCCGUUACCGAGGCCAGUACAACACCUACCCCAUCAAGCUCUUCUACACCUCCAACAUUCCCAUCAUCCUGCAGUCCGCGCUGGUGUCCAAUCUCUAUGUCAUCUCCCAGAUGCUGUCAGCUCGCUUCAGUGGAAACCUGCUAGUCAGCCUGCUGGGCACCUGGUCUGACACUUCUUCCGGGGGUCCAGCCCGUGCUUAUCCAGUGGGCGGCCUUUGCUAUUACCUGUCGCCUCCAGAGUCAUUUGGUUCUGUGCUGGAAGACCCUGUGCACGCAGUCGUGUACAUAGUGUUCAUGCUGGGCUCCUGCGCCUUCUUCUCCAAAACGUGGAUCGAAGUCUCGGGCUCCUCCGCCAAAGAUGUUGCGAAGCAGCUGAAGGAGCAGCAGAUGGUGAUGAGAGGCCACCGAGAAACUUCCAUGGUCCAUGAGCUCAAUCGGUACAUCCCGACAGCGGCAGCCUUCGGCGGGCUCUGCAUCGGGGCCCUCUCUGUCCUGGCCGACUUCCUGGGGGCCAUCGGGUCUGGAACCGGCAUCCUGCUUGCUGUCACAAUCAUUUACCAGUACUUUGAAAUCUUUGUAAAGGAGCAGAGCGAGGUCGGCAGCAUGGGGGCCCUUCUAUUCUGAACCACAUGUCCCCCUGGACCGAGGAGGGGACCUGUGCUCCCAGAUUGCCUAGGAAGGGGAGGAAAACGCCGUCCCAUAGGAGACCUCUCCUCCGGGAGAGGGCUGCUGUGGCAAAUGGACGUUUGUUUAAUGUUUUUGAAUUUUUUAUUCUUUCAUUCCACUUUGUAAAAUGCUAGAAAUUGUCUAAUUUGAAAUCUUGCUUUUUGUUCUGGCAUUGGCAGAAGGAACUGUAGAAGUACUUUUAUCCAGCUGCCGGCCAGAAGGGUGAAGAUGGUAAAUAAUUGUUCUCAAAUAUCCAUUUAACUUUUUUUUUUUUUUAACCUUAUUUGCACCUUCUCAGUGCUAUACGUGGCUGCAGUGGUCUCAGCUUGUUCUCCACAAAGGGAACUUCUUGUUCUGGUUGAAAGCACAAACGUGAUUGAAAUGCUCGAGUUCCAUUUUGGCAUCCAGCAGUGCAGUGGAAGUGGAUCGUGUGUUUUCUGGUGGCCUGGGAGAACUCGAGUGUCUCCUUCACAUUCAGGAGCAGUCAUAAGACUGUUCAUGAGAUUAAAUCAUUUUCCCUUUUAAAAGUAGUUUUCUUUUAGGACAGAGCUUCUUCCAAAAAGACAGAUGGAUGGCUUGCCCGGAAGACAGCUAUGGGGCCCUCUGUUACUCUUUCUGAAUGUGCCUAUUUGGGCUCUGAGGUUGUCUCUGUCAUUUGUAGAUUUCAUUAACCUGUGUGUCCCUUGGUGGAGCCACAUCUGGAUUCAUCGGCUUCACAAAAUUGGGUCUGGUCGAGCUGAGGUAGUCGUUUGUGUGGGAGAGCCUUAAAGGGAGGUCUGUCUGUCCACUUCACCCCGGCCUCUCUCCUGGUGGGCCACACUCAUUCUUCCUCUGCUCUCCUCGAGAACCAGUGGCCUCUCAGUAGGUAACGAGACACAGGAGGGAAGCAACUUAGUGUUCAGUGGCCAUUUCCCACCUGUAUUUUUACAAUUUUUUAUUGUGCUUAGGACCAAACACAAAUGUAAACGAGAAGGCGCUGCUCUUCUCCUCUUGGCUUCAGCCAACAGUGUCCAGCAGAGGGGAGAGCACAGGCUCAAGAGCGUGGUGAAAUCAGGUGCCGAGAGCUUGUUUUCUGGCAAGUUGCUCCAAGGUUUGAUUUAAAAAGACUUGAGGUUAUUAUGUCUAAAGUAAGUUCUGUUUGUGCCUGACAGGCAACCUAGAUCUCAGGAAUUAGAGCUUUUUCUCAGCCUUUCAGGAGGUCCCCCUUUGAGAAAGAGUCAGAUGUUGGUGGGACUGAGGGUGUGCCCACUGGAGAAUGCCUCGAGUCUAAGAAGGGGAUGCCAAGAGGGGCUGCAGUCAUGUGGGGAGAGAAGCUCCCUAGCAGUGGGCCCCCGGCGGCCUUGAAGCUUAGCACGCACAGUUCAGGGCUCUUGGCAGUGGAGGAGGCUGAGUCUGUGCCCCACAUCUUGAGUUGGGUGAGGGCGUCCCAGGAGCCCUCCCCAGCAGCACAGCAGGAAGCCCAGGGAGGAGAAGCAAUUUGUCCAAAGCCACCAGCACUCAGCUACAGCACCAGGACAGCCCCACGUCUCUCGACCCACAGUCGGGGCUCACCACCCCAUCACACGAGGCCUUGUCUAGACCCAGUCCUGCGCUGAGGGAGGCUCUGAGACCCUGGCGCCCUCCCCACCCACAGUUAUCCCGCCAUCUGCUCUGCCUCCCUUGGCAGCAGUAACCAAGCCAUGGCUGGUGCUGGGGGUGCUGGCCUCAUGGAGGCAGCCCCCAGUCCUCCCUACAGCCUGCUCGCUGGGCCUUGCGUGACUCACACUCUGCGGUCCACAAUCAGGGUGGGUGGGGCUGCUCUGGCUCCCAGGGGACUGUCACUGUGGAUGCCAAGAUGGCAUAACUGAGUUAAGAUGAAUAAAUGACAAAUAAAGCCAACUUUUUAUGA